UGAUGUUCAGUGUCUUUAGCAGUGUCAUGAUGUCUGUUUCCAGGUGGUGCUCCACAUAUCUCAGACAUGAGGAUUGUACUGCUGGGAAGCAGAUGGGAGGGGAAGAGUUCAUCAGGAAACACCAUCCUGGGAAGAGAGGAGUUUGAUACCUCAGGAAGAACAACUGUGUGUGUGAAGAGAGAGGGAGAAACAGCAGGGAGACACAUCACUGUAGUGGACACACCCGGAUGGGUUAGCGGUCUCUUUGUAGUGAACACUCCUGAACAUGAUAAUCAAGAGAUUGUCCUCAGUGUGUCUCUGUGUCCUCCAGGACCCCAUGCUGUACUGCUGGUCAUUGAUGUGACUGCUUCAUUCACAGAGACACACAGAAUAGCAGUGCAGGAACAUGUGGAGCUUCUGGGUGAGAGAGUCUGGGGUCACACUAUAGUGCUGUUCACCAAUGGGUACUGGCUGGGAAACACAACCAUUGAGCAGCAUAUCGAGAGAAAAGGAAAAGAUCUGCAGUGGGUUGUAGAGAAAUGUGGGAACAGGUAUCAUGUUGUAGAUAAUAAGAAGGGCGAUGGUGGCCAGGUGACAGAGCUGCUGCAGAAGAUUGUAGAGAUGGUGGCAGGAAACAGAGGCCAUCACUUUGACUUUGAUGCAAAGAUUAUGAAAGAACUGAUGAUGAGGAAGAAG